AUAUUAAUAUUCUAUUAAGGGGAAACGUUGUACCUACAUUACACUGCUACUGGUCGUGGCAGAAUCAGUCCACUGGAACUACUCCCCAAAGAUGCAUCACACAAUAUCGUCCCUCAUAGCAUUAGCUUUUAUUCCAUUCGCUCGCUGUGAACUGAAACCUGUAACAACUGUCGACGAGUCGAGCCUGAAGAUCUUCCAGCAAGGCAUUGAUCGUAUAUGCAGCACAUCAAGUUUUAGCGACAUCUAUUUGAUCAAUAACGAAGAUCCAUCCAAAGUAUCUCCAUAUAUUUCAAUGUUUAAUUUUAACCGUCCUGUCACGCUGCGAGACUUUCGUUACAAGGGACAAUUCCAGAUAGAAACUUGCUUUGUUGCAUUCAUAACGUCAAACGAACUGUCGGAGGUAUGUGUGAACUUUACUGAAGAAAAUGUCACUUAAACCAAUACAUCGUUUUAGGUAGUGCAAGAUCAUAUCGAACGAUUUGCCCUUUUCAUUGCCGUACUGCCCGCCGGCGUGAUGGAAACAGUGCAGAACUUCGCCAGCAUGUUGUACAAAUGUAUGAUGUACUACUUCUACUACGACCCCGUAACGCUUGCCGGCUCCUGGACCAUAGAGAGAGGAGGGAAACGUAUUUACACUCUAGCUGAUGUUGGCACCGGAAACACCGCUGGAUGGAAUCUUCGCGGUCAAACGGUAGCGUUUUUAAACAUGGAUCCUAACCGUGCGACAGCACAUGACAUCGAGAUUGGGCAAACGAUGGCCAAGCGCCACAACGGCACCUUCGCAAUGGCGCAGGGUUUGUUGCAAUGUUUCGACUACGUGUACACGGCUAUUUACGCGACCAGCGUGGGAAGCUUCGCCACCCUGCCGGAGAUGUUUCAGAUGUGCUUUCUGGUGCCGAGAAGUGCACCGAAGUCGGUGUUUGCUAUCUUAAGCGAUCCGUUCGACUACUACUGCUGGGGUACGUUUAUUUUCACGAUCGCCACAGUAUCGGUGUUGCUGUCACUGUUCGGUGAAUCCUACCGCCAGUACAAUGUGGGAUUGGUGUUCCUGGAGCUGGUAAUGAACGCACUCAAUGGGCCGUCCCAUCGCUUUUACGGACGGUUCGAGGUACGGCUCGUCGGGCUGUUCAUGAUGAUGAACAUUGUGUUGCUGUCGUGCUACCAAUCGCUGAUCAUUUCGCUCAUGUCUUCGGCCCGGUACGAUCCAGAGAUUGAUACGAUCGAGCAAAUCAACGAUACGUGCCAGUUCCAGCGUGAUUUGUUUAUGCAAAGCUUAGGAUAUCGGUUCAAGAACACGAUCUACACAUACCGCCGAUACGAAUCGUACGAGGAAAUAUGGGCCAACAAGAUAUGUCUGAUGGUCAUGUGCAGUGAUCUUAGCACGGGUCACGCACUCGUUGAAACGCAGAGCAACAACUUUGAUGAUGACAUGGACAACAAUUUGGAGCGGUACUUUCGCAUCUCAAAGGCGCGCAUACGCUCCUCGGCAGUGAUGUACUCGAUCAUGAACUUUUCGCCCAUGCGCACACUGAUUCACCGGUACACGUCGGCGUACAGCGAGGGCCACCUGCAUCAUUUGCCACUGGUGAAGGCAAAGAAGCAUAGCUCUGGUCAACCGAACGUUCACGAAAGUAUAGUGCUGGUUACGAUGCGACCAGAAGAUUUGCUGAUUGUGUGGAUCAUUUUUUUAAUAGGUUGCGGGGCGAGUGGAGCCGUGUUUCUGUUGGAGUUGUCAUUGGUAUGGGUGCCUAAAGUCCUUCUAACGAUAAGAUUGAAUGCUUCGAACAAGCUUAAAAUGGUAAAAAGAUCUUUUAAGAAGAAGAAAGAAUGGAAGGUGUAAAGGUGAACAUUGAAAGCUAAUUAAUUACGGAUGAAAAUAGAUAGCAACUAUACACCAUUUGCCAAAACAGGACAAAACAGUAGAACUUAUUGAAAUCCCAAACAAUGCUCUCUUUCUCUCUCUCUCUCUCUCUCUCUCUCUCUCUCUCUCUUUCUCUCUCUCUCUGU